GGCAGGAACUGGUUUCAUUUCUUGUUAGAGCUGUCUGCAUGUAUCGAGAACAAGUCUCUUUUCAUGCUUUUUGUCUAAAAUAAUAAUUGAAUGAGUAACUGAUCUGCAGUUUGAAGAAAAUUACUUAAUCACUUCUGAAGAAUUUGUCAUUGAAGAGAUCAUUUACAGUUUAGCAGAAAGAAAAUGAGUGACAAAGGGUCAUCUGAAUGGAGGAUUGUUUUGGUGGGUAAAACUGGAGCAGGAAAAAGUGCAACUGGAAACACCUUACUAGGAAGAGACUGUUUUAAUAGUAAAUAUAGCUUUAAAGCAGUCACAGACACCUGUAAUUAUGGAGAAGCAAAAGUCUUUGGUAAAACCCUUUCAGUAACUGAUACUCCAGGACUGUUUGAUACAUCAAUGACUGAACAAAAUCUUAAAACUGAAAUAAGGAAAUGUAUCUACAUGUCUGCUCCUGGUCCUCAUGCAUUUCUGCUGGUGAUCAGACUGGAUGAAAGAUUUUCAAAGGAACAGAAGGACACAGUGAAAUGGAUUCAGGAGAACUUUGGAAAAGGUGCUUCGCAAUACAUCCUCGUUCUUUUCACUCAUGCUGAUAUACUGGGGGGAAGACUAUUAGAUGACUUUAUUGAAGAAAAUCCAGAUCUAAAAGCUUUAACUGAGAAGAGUCCCUAUCACUCCUUCAACAACGGCAACAGACAAAAUCAAAAUCAGGUUAAAGCGCUGCUAGAGAAGAUUGAACAAAUGGUGAAGAGAAACAAAGGAACACACUACACCAAUGAGAUGUAUAAAAAAGUCCAGAGAAAGAUUCAAUUGAAAAAAGGUGCAAAAAUAGGUGGAAUAGUAUUAGGAACAGCAGUACUAAUUGGAUUAACAGGAGGAGUGGGUGCAGUAGCUGUAGUAGGAGCAGGAGCAGCAGCUGUGGGAGGAGCAGCAGCAGUGGGAGCAGGAGCAGCAGCUAUGGGAGGAGGAACAGCAGUAGUGGGAGGAGGAGCAGCAGCAGUGGGAGCAGGAGCAGCAGCUGUGGGAGGAGGAGCAGCAGCUCUAGGAGGAGCAGCAGUGGGAGCAGGAGCAGCAGCUGUGGGAGGAGGAGCAGCAGUGGGAGCAGCAGCUGUGGGAGGAGGAGCAGCAGCUCUAGGAGGAGCAGCAGCAGUGGGAGCAGGAGCAGCAGCUGUGGGAGGAGGAGCAGCAGCUCUAGGAGGAGCAGCAGCAGUGGGAGCAGGAGCAGCAGCUCUAGGAGGAGCAGCAGCAGUGGGAGCAGGAGCAGGAGCAGCAGCUCUAGGAGGAGCAGGAGCAGCAGCUGUGGGAGCAACAGCAUUGGCAAUGGGAGCAGCAGCAGGAGCAAAAGAAGCAGAUGGAAGAGACAACAACAAAAACAAAAAAAACAGGAGAGUAGCCAUUUUAAAAGGUGGAGUAAUCAACUGA